UCUCACCUACUCAAAAAAACUACGUGAGCAACAGCCCAAACCCAUCGAGAGAACUCAUCUCCUCCCACUAGCUAUUAAAGAGCCUGCAAAGCUACCAGCACCAAGUUCAACUCUGAAGGUGUAAAUGGAUUUACAAGCGAAACUUGAAGAAACCCAACCAGACCAACACUUCCAUGUCUUAGCAGUAGAUGACAGUCUUAUUGAUAGAAAGCUCUUGGAGAAGCUCCUCACUGUCUCUUCCUAUCAAGUAACUUGUGUGGAAUCUGGCGAUAAAGCUUUGGAGUAUUUGGGUUUGCUUGAUAAUUUAAAUAAUGAUUCUACAUCUUCAUCUUCUUCCUCACCUUCAUCCUCGUCACAGCAAGAGAGCCAGGGAGUGAAGGUCAACUUGAUCAUGACAGACUACUGUAUGCCUGGGAUGACUGGCUAUGAUUUGCUCAAACGAGUCAAGAAAUCUUCUUGGAAAGAUGUACCAGUGGUUGUUAUGUCAUCGGAAAACGUGCCAUCCAGAAUCAAUAUGUGUUUGGAAGGAGGAGCAGAGGAAUUCCUGCUAAAGCCUGUUCGGUUAUCGGAUGUGAAGAAGCUUGAAUCACACCUGUUGAAAUCUCUGACUUUCAGCAGUGACACCGAUCGUGGUGAAGACGACUGUAACAUCAUCAUCAACAACAACAACGACGAUGACAACAAUAACAAUGUCAUCAACAAGAGGAAAGCUAUGUCUCCUGAACCGUCAGAGAGAAGAUCAGCCAAGUGGAAAAGCUUGACUGUGCUGUAAAUUUGCAGAGGCUAAGGAGAGAAAGUGUUGCACUAUUGAGCAAUAGUUGCACAGACGUAC